CAUGGGGCAAGGAGCUCUAGUCUAAUUCUUGAAGCCCUGGAGGCCUCAGAUCGAGUGGGGCGCAUCGCAACUGUUGACCGCGUUUGUUCGCGACCGCGUUUGCUGCCGUGCUGCUGCGACCAGCACGGGCUCGUCGCGCGCACCCAGAGAACAGGUUAUGUGAGACGAUGGCACAGCACCCGGAGCUCAUCUGGAUCAAGACCGUGCACGUGCUCGCCUGUGUGGAAAUCAAAAUUUUACGUCGCGUUCGCGUCGUCCUCCACGCCAUCGACGCGACGCCUGCUGGAUGGCGUAGCGGGUGCCGGUUCCUCACCGCCCAACGGACCCAGCACGGCCGCGUCAUCGCCGAGAAAUGACUUCGUGAAGAAUUAUCGGGUGCACCCGACACACUGGUUGAUUUCCACACAGGUGCUCGCGUGCCUCAGCGGCGUGGCGUGGGGAAGGUACCAGGUCGCGUACCUCAACUCGUUGGGCAUCGCGCCGUCGACGCUGGGCGCGCUGCGAGCCGCAGGCCUCGCCGCGAAGUUCUUCUGCACGCCGCUCUGGGGCGCGUGGGCCGACGCGCGGCCCGGCGUCGCGCCGCUGCUCGCCGCGGUCGCGGCGACGGCGUCGCUGAUCCGCCUGUACCAGGCGCCAACGGUCGUCGGCUCGCUACCGCUGCUCUUCGCCCUUAAGGCCGCCCGGUCGGCCGCGAACGGGCUGGCGACGCUCACGGACGCGCUCACGCUGCGCGUCGUCGAGGCCCACCGCGAGGCGGGCUACGGCGCGCAGCGGCUCUGGACGGGCGUCGCGUGGGGCGGCGGCUCGCUCGCCGUCGGCUACGCCAUCGACGCGCGCGGCUACGACGCGAUCUUCGCCUGGACGGUCGGCUUCUCCGUCGCGCUCGCCGCGCUGCUCGCGUGCCGGCCCGCGCCGCCGCCCGGCGCCGCAAGCGUCGCCGCGAAGGCGGCCCCGCCGGCGCCGACGGCGCUCGGCGCGCUGCGGUCCUUCCGCGACCGCUGCGCGCGCGAGAGCCGCCUGCGCCCAUUCCUACUCCUGAUGGCGCUCUACGGCGUCGCCAUGUCGCUCGUGGAGGCGCUCCUGUUCCUGCAGAUGGCGCGCGAGUUCGGCUCGUCGAAGCGCCUCAUGGGCGCCGUCACGCUCGUGGGCACGACGACGGAGCUGCCCACCUUCCACCGGAGCGACGCGCUCGUCGCGCGGUUUGGGCACGCGCGGCUCCUGCGGGCCGCGCACGGCUGCAUGGUGCUCCGGCUCUGCGCCCUCGCGUGCGUGACGCCGGCGGCGGCGCCCUGGGCGCUGCCGCUGCUCCAGCUCCUGCACGGGCCUUGCUUCGCGCUCGCGUGGUCCGCCGCCGUGAGCUUCGCGGCGGACGCGACGCCGCCGCGGCUGCGGGCCACGUCGCAGUCGGCGCUCUCGACGGCCUACUACGUCCUCGGCGCCGGGGUCGGCAGCGUCCUCUGGUCCUGCGCCUACGAGUACCUCGGCGCGCGGGCGACGUACCUGUCCGGCGCGGCCCUCGUCGCGGCGGCGGCCGGCGCGCUCCUCCCCCGGCUCGAGGGCGACGCCAAGGGCGCGGAGGACGCGGGCGAGCCCUGACCCUGCCACAGUGGGUGGAAAAAGUACUAGUAAUAGUUGUAACGG